UUCCCCAUAAAAUUUAAAUAGCAAUGCAAAGAACACAUGAUGUAGGUCAAGUUUUAAAAAAAAUUAAUGUGAUUUUUCAAGGAAGCCUUUUGAAAAUUUAUUUUAAUUAGCUGAAAUUCCAAAUUUAUCAGGAUGUCGAAUUACCGAUUUUAUAAGUGGGCUAGGGUAGUUCCGAUAAAACACAGGGAUAAUCUAGUUUCUUCUCAGUUUUCCGAUUCACCAAGGUUCAUUGCUUCGUAUGAAAAUGAUGAGAAAGUUAAUAUGUUUUCGCUCAUGUCUCACGAGUAUGCAAAGCAGUGGAGAGAAGAGAAAGAUGCAACAAACAGAGUUGUACUUGAAACUCAGGACAGCGAUUUUCUAAUGAGGCGAUACGUCAUAAGGGGUUAUCUUAACAGGAGGAAAGUACUUCAAACAAAACCAAGAUUUAUAAUGAAACAGUUUCAGAACAUCCCUGCAAAAGUGAAGAUGGCGAGUUCGACCAAAUUAAAGAACAAAAUGGAAGAUACUUCGCAAAUAAAUGAGACUGCUGGGUCAGAAGGAGUGACUGGAACGUGUUCUGAAAUUGGCGAUUUGACGAAAGACGACAGUGUCAAAGCCAUAGCAUCAGGAACAGACAUGAAUGAAGAAGCAGGAGACCAACAAGAUGCUGAAAACAAAGAUGAAGAGUGUAAAAAAUUAUUUGUCAUCUGCCAAAACUGCAGUAAAACUAUUAAAGGAAAGGAAAGCACUGAACUGAAUAAAACAGAGCCCAUGGUUGAGAAAGGUGUCAAAAGGUGUGAAAUGCGAUUGAAAAAUAAAGAAAAAACUAUGUAAAUAAAAAACUUUAAGAAAGAAA